UUCGACUUUUCUUGUUGGAUUUGACUUUCUCAGAGAACGCACCUUGUUUUUCGUUUUUUUUUUCUUUGCUUAGAACAAAUGUCGUUUGAUGACCCGCUUGCGAGCCUCGGCGCGAUUGUCGACGACGUGUCGCCGAGUGCGCCAUACAUUAUCAUGGUAGCUGUGGAUGGCUCCGAGUGUGCUGAUCGCGCGCUUCGUCACGCUGUCGAGCUGGCUGCGCGGAUGCAGCGAUCGACCGACCGAACGCCGACGCCCAGAACGACGACGACGACCACCACGACCACCCAGCAGCCCACGUCGCGCGCCGCCGUCGCCGGUGCAGCGCAUACGGGAGUGAUGCUUGUGAUUAUCCACGCAACGGCGCUGAAUCCGCCGCAGCCGCUGCCCUUCCUCGACAACAUUGACCGCGCGUACAACAUUGAAGCGGAAGACAAGGCCAAGCGAGUGCUGGAAAAGUACAAGCGCGCACUCGCUCCACUCAACGACAAGAUUGCAUACUUUUACCACGAGCGACAUGGCGACGAUGUCGAUCUCAUCCUGGAAAGCAUGGUCAACGAGCAACGUCCAGACAUGCUCAUCAUGGGCACACGAGCGCUUUCUGGAUUCAAAAGAUUCGCGCUGGGAUCAGUCAGCGAGCAUGCCGUGCAUCACCUCAACAUUCCCGUUUGCAUUGUCAAAUAAAAUACCACUGUACGAAUGGAUGGCACGUCGUUGCAAAACAUUUCAUAAAAAUAAAACAAAAGCCACAAUCGCUAACACAUUUGGGGGUUUUUAAACUCGG